UGAAGGCAUAAACAGCACUAGACCAAAGGCAACCUUGGACUGACUCUGCCAAUUACCUCGUCCAGCAAGCACUUCGCACUCAGCAUGUUACUAUCGACAUGGCUCUUUCCAGUAUCCUGACAGAAGCUGAAAUUGCUGCUGGUCUACAGAGCUGUCAAGCUGCUGAUUCAUUUGAUUACAAAACCUUUUUUGUCAAAGUGGGUCUCAACUCCAAGUCCAAAGACCAAGUUGCCAAAGUCUUUGGAAUUCUUGACCAGGACAGGAGUGGCUUUAUUGAGGAAGAGGAACUGAAACUUUUCCUGAAGAACUUCUCAGCCAGUGCCAGAGCUUUGACUGAUGCUGAGACCAAGGCGUUCCUGGCAGCAGGGGACAGUGAUGGAGAUGGUAAAAUUGGAGUGGAUGAGUUUCAAGCACUUGUCAAAUCAUAAACAGCAGUCAAGAUAAAGACCAAGAUAUAUGUGCCAUAAACACCUUUCCUAUUGCAAAGCUACCAUUUAUUUACACCUUUUGUAUCCUGAAAGGUCAUGAACAAUUGUUGGGAAGUGGCUUCAUAUUGCUGGAAAACAUCUGAAGUGGUAGAAGCACUACUUAAGCCAGGCUGCCAAGUGUUUUAAUCAGAAAGUCUAUGCCACUGAGGGACUGAACUGGAAUCCACUCUUCACAUCUGAAUUUAGGGCAUUAAAGAUACAAACACAAAUAUUAAGAGGAGAAAUUGAAAGCAUCUCUGUGGGCCAUUGAAUUUUCAAUAUUUGUAUAAAUAGCUAGUAUAUGUUGUAAAAACACCAGAAUUAA